GGGCUGGCACAGUAUAGGCCCUCGUUUUAUUUUGUAUUCUUUCUACUUCAAUAAAUAAAGAAUGCCCGCUGCCCUCCGCGGCAGGAGAGUCGAGUGCAUGAAGUGCUUCAGGCUGCACUGCCCAACAACGAAAUUCAGGAGGACACUGCGUGCUGCGUUGGCUUGAAGAAGAUUAUGUGUUAUGUAUAUAACCAAAGGUAGACGACAUAAACCAGUUCUAACGCACGCUCAUAGAUGUCCUGUCGCACGGCGAAAGUGUGCGGCACCGGCAGAAAAGAAGGGGAAAAGGUAGAUUUGCCUUGAGACUGACGAUACGGCACGGAACGAUGGCGAUGGCGGCGGUCCCCGGGAGGGCGAUGGAUGCCGUCGCGGCUUCCAUCUCUGGUGGAACCGAUGUCUUCCCCUCGCCUCCCUCCGGCGACGUGUUUGGUAGAGAUCGAGCCAUGCCGGGUCCACCGUCGCCGCCAUCGCCGUCGUGGGCGACACGUCGUGCACACGGAAGUGCUGUGCGCAUUAGCACAGAUGCGCGGAGGGCCAGUCCUUGUGUGUGUGUCUUUUCUUCGAGAGGGAGCGAUGCGUUGAGCGGUGGGGGGAAUGCCGGGGAGGGGGGCGGCGUAUGCGCCACCGCCCAUGUAUCGACCCCCCGGGAGGCGGGAAGAAGCUGCUGCCUGGCCGCGCCGGCUGCAAGAAGGGGCUUUGGUUGUUCAUUUCAGUUCAGAGGGCAGGUCGAUCUCCGAUGCAGUCGAGGUUUGGGGAGUUUUCUGCCAUCAGUACAUAGUGAUGGUGAGAGCCCUACUUGUCAUCAUCCUCACCCACUUCCUCCUUCGCAUCAUCAUGUUGUCUGGUGCCCCUUGCCGCAGAGGGAGCAGCAGCGACCCAUGUUACGGCAUAGAGGGCGUUGGGGGCUGUUUGUCAGGCGUGUGCAGGCACAAGCAGUUGGCUCGACGCUGUUGGAGGAGAGGGGAGUGAGGCACGAAAGCCUUGGUCCUCGAGGCAAUGCUGUUGACACACUGGUAGCUGCAGCAGAGGUCAUAGCCCUUGCCAGGGCUGCUGCACAAGCUGCCAGGGAUGCUGCACAGGCAGCUGCAGCUGCUCAGGCACAUGCCCGGUCGAUUCCAGAUGAGCUGCUCACUCGGGGCAUCUUGAAUGGAGAGAUCAGUGGUCUUGCGCAAGAAGUACGGAGAGCUAGUAUACUGGAGGAAGGUGAGGGUGAGGGGAAGGGACGGCUCGCGGAGGGGGAUGAUGAGGAGGACCAAAAAAAUGGGGAACAUAGGCAAGGUAGGGGCAAAAGCUUGGGCAUACUGGAGUGGACUAGCAGUGACGACAUAGCGACUGCAUCAGGUCAGGUUUUAUGGGAAGAUGACGCUGUAGGGAUACCGACAGUGAUGAGGCAGGCGCUUGAGAAAGCAAAGCAGGAGGCAGAGCGAAGGAGAGAGAACAGGCGGAGGCGAAUGAGAGGAAGCCGUGUGCCAGGUGAAGACACUCUUGCAUCAGCCAUCCUGCCUCUGCCUGAAGAUACACCUUUGGCAGCACGAGAUGACAGUACAGCUGUGGGCUCAGUAGGGGAUAGUGACAAUAUCACUGCCACCAGCUGGGCAGGGAAGAGUGAAGAGGAAGAUAGAUCAUCUCAAAGCCAAGAAACAGAAGAAGAAACACCGGACUCCGUCAAGAGGCUAUUGCAUAUUGGGCAUCUGCAGUCGAAGCCGAAAGGUGGUUCUCGUGUGCAUGAGCAUACUGACUCCAUUCAGUCAUACUUGAGGAAUAUUUCUACAACAAGGUUGCUGACACCCGCGGAGGAGGUGGACCUUGCCACUCGGAUCCAGGAUCUCAUGGUGAUUGAGAAAGUAAGGGAGAAAUUGGCUUCACAUUUAGGUCGACCUCCUACAACGCGUGAAUGGGCAGCGGCGCUUCGUAUCGACCAGACAAGCUUUGAAAGGCGUUUACGGGAAGGCAGGGUGGCAAAGGAAAUGAUGGUUGAGGCCAAUCUGCGUCUUGUUGUUUCCAUUGCUAAGAAGUAUCAAGGGCGAGGGAUGACAUUCCAAGACUUAAUUCAGGAAGGCAGCAUGGGCUUGAUUCGAGGAGUCGAGAAGUUCGAUCACAGGAAGGGCUUCAAAUUUUCGACUUAUGCUCACUGGUGGAUCAGACAAGCUGUAGCACGAUCAAUUGCCGAUCAAUCGAGAACAAUCCGGCUACCUGUGCACCUUUAUGAGUUGUUAGCGCGGAUCAACAAAGCAAGGAAGCAAUUGACAGAGAAGAAUGGACAUCCCCCAAAGGACGAGGAAGUCGCAACAUCCGCGGGAAUGAGCGUCCAAAAGCUUCAUGCGAUUCUGAAAGCGGCUCGGAUGCCAGUUUCUCUUGAAAAGCCAAUCGGCAAUGAUGACUCGAAGAAACUCGAGGAUGUGAUUGAAUCAGACACAGAGUCUCCAGAGGAGCAGACGACAAAGAGACUGCUGAAGGGUGAUAUUGAUAACAUUUUAAAGACGCUUUCAGCACGAGAGAUGGAGGUCCUGCGCAUGCGCUAUGGGCUUGAUGAUGGAAAAAUGAGGACACUGGAGGAGAUUGGGCAGCAUUUCAGUGUCACAAGGGAGCGAAUCCGACAGAUUGAGAGCAAAGCAUUACGUAAACUGCGGCAGCCUAACAGAAACUCCAGCCUUAGAGAGUAUCUUGAGGCGCUUGUAUAAACUUUCUCCUUGGCCUUCUGUUUAAUGGCUCCUAUCAAAGUUGGUUGGUUGGAUAUUUCAUUCAUGAAAAAUCCUCCCUUAGGUCAACUUUGAGCACAGGAUUGUAGAAAAGAUGAUACCGUCCAUUCUGGUGAGACCUUGUGUGAAGUGUGUGGUUGAUCCAAUCGUCGAGUCGUCGACUUCUGAACGUAGUUUAGCCUGCAAUGCAUAGGGGUUCCCGAUACUCGCUGUGGUGAGCAAAGUGUUACCCGUUCUGGUGCGAUGGCAAGGCAAGCAGGGAACUGGCCGAGGAGUGGAGUGUAGAACAUUAGACAAGAAGAAAGUUGUAACGAAGCAGGGGAUAAGAUUGUCGCCAUUCCAUUGUAUAGAUUGCCUCAAUUCUUUUUUCUCUUUCAAAAUGUGUUGUAGAAGUAUGUACAAGCUGAGUUGCACUCUCUAGCCCUUGUUUGUAUACCCUCAGCCAACUUCCUCGGUAUAUGGAUUGCACUGUGAAGUCCAGUUUCUGUCUUUCAUCCAUGCAUCUGUGUAUGUGUGUGUGUGUGUGUGUGUGUGUGUGUGUGUGUGUGUGUGCACGUGCGCAUGUCUGAGAGAGAGAGAGAGAGAGAGAGAGAGAGAGAGAGAGAGAGAGAGAGAGAGAGAGAGAGAGAGAGAGAGAGAGAGAGAGAGAGAGAGGUGCUACUUAUGGUCUGUCAUACAGACUCAUACUAAUAUUUUUGGUAUAGCAUGCAGGCCGGCUAAGGGAGACUAUGUCGGGGAAUGUUCUGCCAGGCUAGCGACCAAUGGGGUAGUCCGUGGCAAAGGCUGGAAAAGGCAUGAGGUCCAGGGAUUCUCUUGCCUUCAUAAUGGAGUUUCGAAAAAUAUAGAUGCAUUUCAAAGAAGUAGAUUUGUGCACGUUAGUCGUUGGUAUUAUAUUUAUACCUCUGUUUUGUGUCUUCUUCUUCUUCUUCUUCUUCUUCUUCUUCUUCUUCUUCUUCUACUACUACUACUACUACUACUAUUACAACCUUUAGCAGAUGGUUUGAAUUCUUCUUCUUCUUCUUCUUCCUCCUCUUCCUCUUCCUCUUCGUGGGUGUCUGGUUUCAUCUGGCUGUAGUUAUAAUCUUAUGUUACCCAGCCUCACUUUGGUUAAAGUACUGCAGGGUUAUUCUUUGAAGCAGAACCAUGUGCGUUCCUGAUGGGCACCUCCUGAUCACGUUGGAGCUGUGGGGUGACUUCAGCAACCACCUGCUCGACCUCAGGUUGCAGGAGGGUGGAUAUGCAAGGAUGGCAAGAGCUGUUUUCUUUUUUCCCUCUGUUAAAUUCCCAGUGCAUGAGCCCAACUCGAUGGUGACAUUCCAUGUGAGUGACAUCGGCCAACUGGUCAUGGCACAGCCUC